AUGUCUCGACGGUUCCUCAGCUGCGCUCGCCCCCUCCGCCCGUGUCGCAAUCGCAAUCGCAACAAGGCUACGGCAGCCCCUAUCAGCAGCAAGGCGUUCAUGAACGACCCCACGGCACAGGUCGCGGCGCAGUUUGGACAGACGGCUUUCAAGCAUGGCCAGGAGUACAUGGAGCAGAACUUCAACCGAUACGUCAACGUCAACGCCCUGAAGCACUACUUCAACGUCUCCAACUCCUAUGUCAUCAACAAGCUCUUCCUCGUCCUCUUCCCUUGGAGGCACAAGCCGUGGUCGCGCAAGCAGUCCGUCGGACCUAGCGGCCAGGAGGGGUGGUAUCUCCCGCCGCGGGACGACAUCAACAGCCCUGAUAUGUACAUCCCCGUCAUGGCCGUUGUGACGUACAUCCUCCUGUCCACCCUCAUCGCCGGUCUCCGAGGCCAGUUCCAGCCUGAGCUCCUCGGAUACACGGCGUCGACGGCUCUGGUGAUAGUGGUUGCGGAGAUCUUGGGUCUGAAGCUGGGCUGCUAUCUGUUGGGCAUCUCAAACGACUCGCAACUCUACGAUCUGAUCGCGUACUCAGGGUACAAGUUUGUUGGUAUAAUUGUUACCGUCGCCGUGGCUGAGACCUUCAACGGUGGCAAGGGCACGGGCGGCUGGAUUGGCUGGUCGGUGUUCCUCUACACAUUCCUGGCCAACUCCCUGUUCUUGAUGCGGUCUCUCAAGUACGUCCUUUUGCCCGAGAACGCGGCCAACGGCGCUGGCCCUAUGCAGACGGGCGAUUCCCGAGCCAAGCGAAACCAGAGAACCCAGUUUCUGUUCUUCUACUCGUACAUCGUUCAGCUGCUGUUCAUGUGGAUCCUGACGAGACCUUGA